UCAUUCUCACGGUGGUUGUGGGUAAUUAUUCUGAGUGGAACCCGCACAUCGCAUCACCCACCCACUACUCUCCUCAUCAUCAACGCUUAGUUCUGAGUACGUACAGCACCAAUUCCAGGAAGAUUCGCUGAAGUCUCCUUUAAUAUUAUCUAUACUAAAAGCGAAACUAGACUGCAAAGAAAAGAUGAUCCUAGUGUUGCCCAUCAUCAAACACAAUAUUCUACAUGAAAUAGUUCCCAAUUUCCUGCAAAUUUGCUCUGUUUUCAAUUGAGACAUUCAGAAGCAUGGCUGAUGCUAUGAUUACCAUAGUGCUGGAUCGAUUGGCUGAUGUUUUACAGAAACAGAUCAAAGAAGAGGUGGAUUUGGUGAGAGGAGUGAAGAAAGAAGUUCGCUAUCUCUCCUCCGAGUUGGAUGCAAUCAGGAAUGUGUUGGAAGAUGCAGAAAGGAGAGGAUAUAAGGAGAAGACUGUCCAGAAUUGGCUGAAAAGGCUAGAAGAUGUGUCUUACGACAUAGACGAUGUGCUGGAUGAAUGGAACUAUGCUCUUCUCAAACCUCAGAUUGAAGGGUCUGAGGAUCGUCAUUGGACUAUGAUGAAGGUAUGUUCUUUUAUCCCAUCUUCUUGUUUGGGCUUGCAUAAAGUUGCAACACGUCGAGAUAUUGCCAAGAAGAUAAAGGGAUUGAAAGAAAGGCUGGCUAUGAUAGUGAAGAAUAAAAAUGAUUAUGAUUUCAUGAUUAAUCGGCCUGCUGAUCCUCGAGAAUCAGCUAGAGUUCAAUCUGUUUCUUUAGUCAAUUUGUCGGAAAUACAAGGCCGAGAAGCUGACAAAGAUGUUCUUGUGGGAAAACUCAUGCUUGGAGCUGUUGGCCAGCAACUUCAAGUAGGUCCCCAAGUUAUUUCUAUAGUUGGGGUAGGGGGAAUUGGGAAGACGACUCUUGCUCAACUUGUAUACAAUGACGAUCGUCUGGUAAACUGUUUUGAGUUAAAAAUUUGGGUUUGUGUUUCUGAUAUUUUUGAUGAGGUUAGGAUUGCUAAAGCAAUUGUUGAGAUUGUGAAGGGGAGUUCACCAAAUCUCAAUGAAUUGGAGGCACUGAUGAAGCAUUUAAAAGACUCUAUUUCAGGAAAAAAGUUUCUUCUUGUCCUAGAUGAUAUCUGGACAGAAGACCACACCAAAUGGGAACCCUUGAGAAACACUCUUAAGUUUGGUGGUGUUGGGAGCAAAAUUUUGGUGACAACAAGAAGUGAAAGGGUUACAAGAAUGAUGUGCGCUACCGAGAUUCAUCAUUUAGGCCAACUAUCGGAUCACGACUGUUGGCUGUUAAUGAAACGUGUGGCAUUUGAUGGGAGGAGUGAAGAGGAUCCUGAAGAAUUGCAAGAAAUCAGUAAGAAAAUAGCUAACAAGUGCAAGGGCUUGCCGCUUGCUGCGAAAGUCUUGGGAAGCCUUUUGCGUUUUAAAAAUACUAAGAAAGAGUGGGAGUGUCUCUUGGACAAUGAAAUAUGGCAAUUGGAGGAAGCAGAAGUCGAGCUUUUUCCUCAUUUGUUUUUGAGCUACAACGAGUUGUCCCCUGCAAUGAAGCGGUGCUUCUCAUAUUGUGCCAUCUUUCCAAAGGACUGGGAGAUUGAUGUUGAUAAAUUGAUAAGAAUGUGGAUAGCUCUAGGCUAUCUAACAUCAACUGGAAGCACGAGCGAAGUGGAACUUAGAGGCAAAGAAUACUUCAACAAUUUAAAAAUGCGUUCUUUCUUUCAAGACUUUGUCGAACACAAGGAUGGAGUUUAUUGCAAAAUGCAUGAUAUAGUGCAUGAUUUUGCUAAGUUUCUUAGGAAUACCAAUAGUCACAAUCUGGAGGGUAGAGAAGAGGCAAGUAAAGAUGGGUCAUUAAUCCAAGCUUAUAAUCCAUCACUAGUUUCCAUAGUCAAGGUGUAUCGUAGCUUAUUUUGUCAAGAUGAGGUUCCUUGUGACAGAUUUGAUUUCAUAACAUGCCUAAGGGUAUUAAGUAUUUGUUCAGAAUGGCGGGCACGAGGGAUUCCAGAAGGCAUGGAGGACCUGAUUCACUUGAGGUACUUAGAUGUGACCAGAUGCCAGAUAGAACAAUUUCUUCCAAACAUAUGCACGUUGUACAACCUGCAAACUCUUUAUUUAGAUGAAUGCGAGUUGGAACAAAUACCAAGGGAAAUUGGGAAUUUGAUUCAUUUGAGACACCUAAACUUGAGCGGGAACUCACGCUUGGAAGAGUUGCCUGAAACCAUAUGCAAUUUGCAAGAACUACAAACCUUGAAUCUUGCAUCUUGUGUGUGUCUUUCCAAGCUUCCAGAAGGGAUCGAUAGACUUGUAAACCUGAAACACCUUCCCAAUGAUUACACUCGUAUUCUCUAUAUUCCUCAAGGAUUCCAGCAAUUAACUAACCUUCAGACUUUGAGACUGUUCCAUGCUGGAAGAGGUUUCAACAAAUUGGGAUACUUGAAGAGGUUGGACAAGCUCAGUGGAUCUCUAGAGCUUAGAAUCAGUGUUCAUGACAGGGAAGACGUGAAUGAGGCCCGGAAAGCCGAAUUGAGAAACAAGAUACACAUGCAGAACCUGAAAAUAUGGUUUAUGGAUCAAAUGACGAGUACAGAUUCAGAUGUACAGGAGUCGUUGAUAAAUGAGGUGAUGGAGGCUCUGCAGCUGCCCCCAAACUUACGUCAUUUGACAAUUCGUGGCUACAAGGGGACAAAGUUUCCAGGUUGGAGCAGCUCAUCUUUUAACCAUCUAAGAGUCGUUGAAAUCCAAGAAUGUAAUGGUAUCCCAACGUUGCCUAGUUUGGGAAAGCUGCCUAGGUUGGAACAGCUUUCAGUGUGGAGAAUGAGAGGGUUGGAGUUCCUGAGCAGGGACUUCCUUGGUAUAGCAGAUAUUUCAAUGCCAUUCGGGUUCCCUAAGUUGAAGAAACUGAGUUUCUGUUACUGUCCAAGUUGGGAAAAAUGGGAGGACAUAACGGCUGAAGAAGAAGGCAACAUCACCUUGUCGAUAAUGCCAUGUCUUUGGGAACUAAAUUUUGAGGGUUGCAGGUUAAGCGAGCUACCACAUCGGCUCCUCCGUAAGGCAUCAUCUCUCCAGCAUUUGAGGGUCCGGGAUUCUUUCUAUCUAUCCCUACGUUAUGAGGAGAAGAACGCUUCAGGCUGGGGAUCAUUGUCCCACAUUCCACAUGUCGAAGUGGCCAAAUCCUAUUAAACUACACUUGUAGUCCCUCAUGGAUAGUUUUUACUCCCUCGCUUAAUUCUUCUUAUAUAUUCCAACUGAAAAUUUCUCUGCAAUUUACCAGUCAAAAAAUCAAGCUCAUUUGAGUCAUUUGAAAUUGUCUCUGUAGCUACAUGGAUUUAAGCUACAAUACCAGGUUCUGAACUAGAUGGAGCCCAAUCCAGUUCACGCAGACUUUGGUCUGGUUAACAACUUCAAUCCAAAUUAAACUGCUUUCAGAAACCAAUCAUUGGGGGCUGACCUGUACUAGAUACCAUGACAGGCAGUUUUUCGUAAUAUU